UACAACACUGUCUGACAUUUUAACAUGUCAAAAUUGCCAACGAAAAUAGAUGUCAAUUUAUGUAAGAUUCAACAAUGUUAAGAAAUGUGUAUAUAAUGCCAAAUUAUUUAUUUUUAGUGAAUUAUUAACACUAUGCAUUUGCAAUUAUUUCUUUUAAAUCUUUUAACAAUGAUUUAGUGCUUCUAAAUUUAAUAUAAUGGUGAACUUGGUGAAAUAAGUGUGUGCAGAACAAUAUCAAAACCGGCAAGAUGGUCGACUCUAUUGCAGAUAGGGUUCCGGACCAUGUCUUAGAAGUGAUAUUUUCAUAUUUAGAUUUGCACGAACUAAGAAAUUGUUCAUUGGUGUGUAAAAAUUGGUACAGAUUUUUGAAUGAUGAAAACAAUGACGUAUGGAGAAUGCACUGUAUUAGUAAGCUUGCAGAAGAAGCAUUGAAAUCUGAUUUGUUAUCUUCUCUCCCUACUUAUAAAUCAAAAUUACGAGCUUUUUAUCAUGCAUGGAAUCCUAAUGAUUGUUCAAGAAAUGUCUACAUAAAGCCCAAUGGAUUUACAUUACAUAGAAAUCCGGUUGCUCAAAGUACAGAUGCAUCACGAGGUAAAAUAGGUUUUCGUCAUGGUAGACAUACUUGGGAAGUCAUAUGGGAAGGCCCACUUGGAACUGUAGCUGUUAUUGGAAUUGCAACGAAAGAUGCUUCGCUGCAAUGCCAUGGAUAUGUUGCUUUGUUGGGAUCAGAUGAUCAAAGUUGGGGUUGGAAUUUAGUAGACAAUCAUUUGCUUCAUAAUGGUGAUGCGCAAGGAAAUUAUCCAUUAUUAAAUAAUGCACCGAAAUAUCAAGUUGGUGAACGAAUACGAGUUAUACUAGACUGUGAUGAUAACACAUUAUCCUUUGAGAAAAAUUAUGAAUUUUUAGGUGUUGCAUUUCGAGGUUUGCCAGAGAAAAAACUGUAUCCAACUGUUUCAGCUGUAUACGGGAAUACUGAAGUGUCUAUGAUAUAUCUAGGUCCUCCAUUAGAUGGCUAACAUGCACUUUUUAGACCUGUUGCAGGUCAAUUCUGGAGAGAGAUAAAGAUCUGUACUUAUAAAUUACUGUUUUUUAAAAUUUCUAAUCCAUAUUGUAUGAAAAAAUGUCUUAAAAGAAAGCUAUAUAGAUAUUGUUUCAGCAACAAAACACCUAAAAAAGUGAGGAAAUUAGGAAGACGUAAAAGUUCAUUUAAUAGAUUUCUAAUACAAAAUGUAAUCUCAAUUUAUUCAGUUUUUUUUUUAAAUUGAACUUUAGAUGUUAAUAUUAUUGUUAUAGAAAAUAUAGCAAUAACAGAUUCAUAAAUAUAUUUAAUAUUGUUGACAAAUAUGAAAUCCAUAAACAAAGAAUC